AAAAAGCAUUCCCAUGAGUCAGUUGUGCUCAACCGGUCGCGAACGGCGGACUAUGCGGUGUUGGGUACAUUGAUUCACUCUCGUACGUUUGCCAUACCGAGAAACCGUACGACACGCGUGGUGACGCGGUCUUUGCUUUCUUCUAACGUUUCUUUACAAGGAAACAACACGGUCGUUUAGCAGCGAUCAACACAGUGAUCGAGAAAAACGGUCCGUUGAUUACUAGUGCGCGAUACUACUUCGAGUUUUGCAUAUCGCGACUUUGUCGAAGUGAGCUGAAUCUGUGACAGAAACGUCGCUGAAGGUACUCCAGAAAUGAGAAAACUUAUGGAGAAACAGCUGUCCUGGCUUGCACUCUUGAUGACUGCAUUCUACUCUUUGCUCGGCAGUUGUCGGAGCCAAGAAUGCGGGCACGAAAGAUUGGUGAAGUGUGGAAGGCCUUUCGAGAGGAUUAGCAACAGCGACCUGAGCUUCGCAACGAAGAAAGAGGAUCUGCAACGAUUAUGCCCAGACUUCGAGGCUGGUAUAAAGUGUAUUCAGACGUACACGUUCGACUGCAUGAAGGAGAAACAAAGGGAACACUUCAGCUCCCUGUAUGCUGGUACCAACAAGGUGGUCAUGGAGCUGUGUCAAGAUGGCCCUUAUCAGGACGAAUUCCUGAAGCACGCGCCUUGCAUGCAAAAGGUGCAGCCCGAGUACGAGCUUUGCUCGAAGAAAUAUCACAGAACCACACAGGAGAUUGAAAGAAGCAAUCACACGGCGAGCCUGAACGCGUCUCUUAAGUCUCUUUGCUGUGGGUUCAAGGAGUUUUUGGAAUGCUCCCAUCACACGGUUCGUCGGCAAUGUGGCGAUGACACGGCUCAAUUUGCAAAGGAGUUCCUUGACAGAAUGUCGAUCUCGCUUCUGAAGGAACAUUGCGGGGCUUACACGGAAAAGGUGUGCUCGAUCGGCAGCGAUGCAAAUACGUUGAGAGCGUCGACGAUGGUUGCGGUGGUGUUGGCGGUGCUCGCGAGGUACUUCACGUAAGGCGAUCAAGCAGCACUCGUAGCCGGAAAGAGGGGACGAUUUCCGUGCACCGCGAGCACCCUGCUGAAACUGAAGCCCUCCGUUCGUUCUCCGUUCUUCAGAUUCGCCAGAGUGUAUUUUUUUCAUUUUAUCAAAUGAGGAAAAUUGACGAGGCACGCACACGCGAGCUUCUCGAGUACUCUUUACUAUGAAUAAGAAAAAAAAAAUAAUAAAAGAUCGAAGGAGGAUAAUAACAGAGAGGGUAGAGGACAGUUCGCCACGUUCUCCGUACCAACUUUCGGCCGGAACUUGGCGCCAAACGAGCUCGAGAACGUGCCUUCGAAUAUCGUGCACGUUGUUUCCUUGAAAAGGGCCGACGAAGAAUCGUGGUCCAGUGGAUGAUCAAAUAUGAUCUGGAUACGUCUCGCGUGUCGCGUGAAGGAAAGAACAGAGUUGCAAUCUGGGAAGAGAGCAUCGGAUAAUCGUUUAGAAAAGGCCGUGAUUACAGGUCGAAAUAAGUUCUAUUUUUAUCUCGGUGUUAUCAAGUACCACUGUCAACCAAUACUCCAGACAUCUCGAACCGAUCGAUCGAGUAUGCGUUCAAUUCUCACCCAUGAACUGUAAAAAGCUCAAGACAGACACCGAAAAAAGAUCUAAGAAUUCGGAGAGAAUUAAGUUGAAAUUACUUCCAUUAGAAAUAUGAAAAGAAAUCAGAUUUAGAGUAAAGAAAUUCGAAAUUUUAUCAAUUAGCGAGUAAACUAUGUUUUGAUUGCUUGGAACUAUCAGUUUUAUUCAUACCGAAUCGACAGAGAAUUGAAGAAGACUAAGGAUUUGUGACGAGGUAGUCACUAAAAGUACAAAUACCGUAUAUUUUGCUAGAAACACCAGCCACUAGCACGUGUAUUUCCAACGAAAAGAGGAAUUAAAUGAAAUAUUUUCAGAAGCAACAACCUGCAAAUAAAUAAACUUGCUUCACAUUUAUACGCCUCGAACAGAAUCGACGAGCCAAGCUCGGUAUCAUCGCGACGAGCAUCUUUCUAUCUUGUCUCGCGACAAGUGGAGCGCUCGUUACAAGGGUUGUUUCGUGUACAGUGCUCGGAAAAUGUUCGCGGAACCAGGUGGAAUGUUGGUCGCUGAAAAAGAAGAAAAAAUCAAAGAGACUCGUAACUGGUGGAUAGGCGUCGAAAAACAUGAAUGAAUCAUUUUAAAAUGAAAAACUGAUCGCCUGAAGUUUUCUAAAGGAAUGCUAGCUGUUAUUUCAGAAGAUGAAAUGUCAUGAUCGGAAUCUACAGAACAGAGUGAACGAGUGGCAUUCUCUAUGCACUCAAGUGAACUGGAAAGACGAAAGGAGGCGACAGGGGUUGAAAAGCGGCGAGAAGAGGAUGCUUCCGGUAGCGUCUCGGCUAUCGGUGUGAACGCGAAAAGAUGGCGGGACGAGUCUUUCAAACGGUUGAUUCUUCCACUGAAAAGGAAUUACUUCCAGCGUAGUGGGUGAAAGAAAGUUACAUGGAGACAGGGCUGCGGCAUUGACCGUCCUUUUCAGUAAAGAAAUUUUCGAUAGCGAUGUACCUAGACAGGUUUAAGAAGACCGGAGGAGAAAGACAGAAUUCUGAAGUUUGUUGUUUCGAAGGGACUUCGGUUUUCCCUGGAGAGAAGAAGGCAAUCAGUUAUCAGAUCGACCAGAUAUUACAUUGCUUCGGCGAUAAAUGAGAAACUGAGACGAGGAACAGGUGUAUGGCGAGUCUCUUUUUGAAAUGAAAUUUAUUGUUAGUUUUGUGUCUCCACCUUUGCUCGAAGACUUUUUCAAGAACUAGCGAAUCCAUUUUCGAAAAUAUCAGAAAAGGCUGUUAAAAAUUCGGAGAAGGAAAACGCGGAGUGAAUGCUAGAGCAGGAUACGUUUUGGGCGGGAAAAACGAUCGUUUUUUUCGAAAUGUUUGCACGAGGAAGGUGAAGGUAGGUUGGGUAGGAGAGGGGUGGAAAAGGGACAGGGUGUAAUGGAAAACGGAGAGGAAAUGGAUCGCGUGUCAGCUGCUUCGACGAGGUGUGAUUUUCGCGCACGUACCGUUUCGAAACCCGCUCUAAAUAGCAAGCAGCCAGCGAGAGAGCCGAGAAAAAUGAUUUUCCUUCUGUGAUCGCGUGUCACACGUGCCACGAUCACGGAAAAAUCACUGCCAGAAGAGGAUUUCGCUCUUUUUGGUAUGUGCCGUUUUCUAUCUUAACGUGGGAACUGUCGUCCUCGAUAUAUGUACGUUGUUCCAUUCUUUUCUUUGAAUAUUAUUCCAUUUAUUCGAUUCAUCCGAACAACCUGUUGCAGCAGCUUCGAACGAUAACACGUAGGCACAUUCAGUUUAAAAACUUGUAAAUUUUAUUUAUCCUUUUUAUUUUCUAUACGUCGAGUGUUGGAACUUAAUUAUUUAAAUGAUAAAGUUUAAAAUUAAUUAUUCCUUCGAAUCUUCGUAAUUUGUUUUUUAAAAUUAUUUUUAUAAUCUCAGUGGUUCUUUUCGAAAGAGGAGAAUACAAAAAGGUUUCUCUCGUUGAGACACCCGGUAUACUACGAUUCGAUAGAAUACGGAUGUCUCAGGAAGAUACGGAUACGAGGUUGAUGUGUGUAAUUUAUGCACAUUUCCAUCACGCGAUAAGCUUCAUGAUAUAUCUUGUAACGCGUGACAAAUAGAUCGUUACACUGCUAUUGUUGAUUAGGCGACUCGAAUUCGGACCUAAAGAUCAUUCAGUUGAAUCGAGAAACAGUAUCACAUCGCUUCGAUUCGAAACUAUUUGCAUCGAGUAUAUUAUUGAUCAUUAAUUUUUCUUUAAAAUUUCUUUAAAAAUAUCAAAGAUUAAUAAUAUAUGAGAUAAAUUAAAUAAAUACCUUACGUAAUUUAGUUUCCUGGUAGCAAAUCCAUAUAGUUCGGUAUCGUUUCAAGGAUAGAUGCUCAAUAUUAGUUUCCCUGUCAACAAAAUGUUACUAGUUUAUCUUUAGACCAUGGUAAAGGAAAUACUGUUGGUAAAUAGUAAGUUUGCACGUGUAUGCCGACUGUGCUGUCUAUGAGUAAAGGACUUGGUGGGUUACGAUUCUGCACCACUGAAAUAUCGUGUUCGAAACUGAACGAAAAUAUAAAUCUCUGUCCGGGGAACCUUUAUUGAAAAAUGUUUUAUGUUUUCAUGAUUUCUCAUAAAAGUACGACGCAGUAAAUUUUCAGAAAGAAUCAUUGCAUCGAAGAAAAAUAUAGUAAAAAAAUUAUCCAAUAACAAUUGGAAGCUCUUUAAGAAAUUUCCUAAUUAUUUUCAUUAAUGAAUAGAUUGAUUUGCAAGGUUCUCGAAUGAAAUUGAAUUUCUGAGAAAUCGAUAUGAAAGGAAAGCCUUGGACAAUAAUAAUCAAUGAAAAAAAGCAUUAUUGAUUAAUUGAAUUGCAUUAUGAAUUAUCUUACAGAAAAUUAUUGUUCUCAGAAAUGAAUUUCCUAAGAAAUCGAACAAGUUAUCUUGCGAGAAUAAAGUGAUGAAGAAAAUAAAAUAAAGAAAAACAUGCAGAGACAAGGUAUAUAGCGAUAACAGGCAUGGUGGAUUCAGUUUUAUUUGUCCAACUGUGCGCGUACUGGAAUGUCACGGGAGAAAUAAAAGCCAGAGGAUGAAAGGGGAAAAGAAAGGGUCGUGGUUGGCCUUUCAUUCGCUCGUCAGAGUUGUAAUUUAGUAUUCACAUUCAUGGACAUUGCAGAGUAAUUACCGUGCCAGUUAAUUGACACGGUCAAUGGGUGGCCUGUGCGUUGAAACCCGCAGGUUUCAUCAUUAGACCUUUUCGAAUUCUGUUUCUAUCGAGAAUCGAUGGAAGUUCGAUGCAACAGAAUGUUUCACGAUAUUCCAUACUGUUUCUCAUGCUGGCAAACCUACGGGGAAAUCCGGGAACCGAGUAAGCCUAUGCGAGGGUGGAGGGUGACACUUCGUCAUUUUCCCUAGGGAAGCAUACUUUGCUCGAUACUGUACACUCCCCCACGAAGUUGUUGCUCCAGGUUCGAAGAAAAAAUCUAAUUUAAUAGAUAAUAAUUUGCAACAAAAUUUUUCGUUUGAAAUACGAAUUCUCUGAAAAAGAGAAAAGGACAUUUUCCCAUUUUCCUUUCGAUAGAACGGUCACCUUUAUCCGCAAGAUUACUAAUUUUUAUAACUUUCUGUUAAUUUUGUAAGAUAUAUUACGUAUUUUUAUUUAUUUAUUGCCUUAAAUUGUUUCUCUAAAUACAACUAGUCAGGCGUUGUUAAAUUUUCUGUCUUAGAUCGGCCUUUUUAGAAUACCUACUAUUUUAUUUGAUGUAUCGAUGUACGUGAUAUUUAAACUACAUCAAUGUUUUAUAAAAUUUUCGCGAUCACGGAUAUUUAAAUCGUUCAUUUUAAAACGUGUUUGCUAAUUUAAAAAAAAAAAAAAAAAAUAAUGUCACGUGCGUUGAUCUAUCAGUAUGUUCAAACGUGCAUAUAAUUCUCUCCUAUCUGCUUCUAAUAUGAGGCAACACGACCAAAAUGAACUGUUUAUUUUAUAGGAAAUCAAUUAAUCGUGUUGAAUAAAAUCGAAUUGAAUUUUCUAACGAACAGUCAAACGUUUACAAGAGAUUACAAACAAAGAAUAAAUACGCUGUUUUAGUUGAUCGUUAUCGAGAUACAACCCACCGAAUACUCGUGUUCAAUUGAACGAUAAUAUUUCGUAACAUCUUCGCAGAGUUAGUUCAUACAGCAACAAAUUAGUGGAUCAUUUGUAAUUACAGAUAUACCAUGGAUUCUAUUCCAUAAUUUAAAGUUGUUCCUGUAUGAGUGCUCGUAUAGCGAUCGAUUAUGAAUUAAAAAUGAAGAAAAAUAAGAAGAAAUAGAGAAGCAUGCAUUUCGCGAUACAUUCUACGUUUAGUGAGUAACUGUGCUUACCGAUUUUACGUGGAAAUGGAAAGAAAUUCGUAAUCGAAACAGAGUUCCACUCUGAUAGAUCGUAAUGGGUUAAGACUUGGAAAAUAAAUUCUAGUCGGCAAUUUUCGAUCGACGAUGCAUUAGUGAAAGAUUAGAAAAUCGCGAGAAAUGAUGUAAAAGUUGGCGGUAGUCCUUUGACGUCGAAAACGAUCGCAGUUACUCUAUUUUUGUACCGGGCGAAGAUUAACAAUUACCUGUCUCUCGGAUCUGCUCGCCGAUGGCUUCCGGAGAAUGCUGACUCGGGUACUUUUUGAUCUUGGCCGUUUUCAUGAUUUAACGUUCCUUUUUUUGUGACCACUUGUAUCGUGGUCCCUGCGCUCGAAAGGGGACGAGAUUUUUCCCGACGACUACAUCGUUCGUAGUCAUCAUCAGCGCCAUUGUUUAGCCCCGACGAAUAAAGCUCGACCAUUAAUCAAUCGUUAAUGGAUUUGUACAUAGUAGUUAUUAAACGCCAAUUUAGGAAGUAUCGUGUGACCCUGCAGCGAUACGCAGGGACACACCAAGAUGAAAGUCGAAUAUUUUGUCAUUUGAAAGUAUCUGUGUAAGGGUGAAUAAAAUUGUUAAGCAAAAUUUUGUGAGUGGUAGAUACGUUGUUUUUUUUUGUGGUAGUUAAUUAAUGAAAUGCAAGUAUUAUUUUAAUCGUUUCAGCGUGCAAGGUGUAUGCGUCUUCUUAUUGAAAUAUUUAUUCUUAUUGGCGUUCACGAUGUUCGUGCUCUGUAUCGCAUAGCUCAUUAUUUAUUUAUUUAUAAGUUAAAUAAACGAAUUUAUUAAAAGAUAUCGUUGUUGAUCUUGUAUUAGUUCAGGUUUUGAUUUUUAGGAAGUAUUUUGACGAUAGAUAUGUGUUUCAGCGUUGUAUAUGUAGAAGGUCUCCUCCCUUGUGUUGUCAUUCUCCUCACGAACGUUCGUGGAGAAGGACGAGAAACCGGGAUAUCAGCAUAUUUCCUGGGGAAGCUUGAUUUGAUUAAGUGUACGUAUCCGUGUACCUAUUUAUAAAAAUAGAUAAUAGUAAUUAAUAGAGGAGGGAAGAAAUGGUACGUGCGCGUCAACGUGUUAACGUUAAUAAUGUUAGUAAUAAAAAA